GAGGCGGCGGCGGCGGCGGAAGCGGCGAGGGCGGCGGGCGUCCGGCUCAGAGGUGGUGUCGGCGGCGGCAGCAGCGGCUCUGUACUGGGCUCGGCUAGGAGCGAGCGAGGGUCGGGGGCGCCGGGUCGAGCGCCGAUCCUCCAGCUCGACCAUUCGCCAGUCGCCCAGACGCCUGGGCCGCGGAGUUUGUGUCCCGGCUCGGACCCCGGCGCCCAGCCCGGAGCCGUAACCUUGAGGCGGCGGCGGCGGGGCCGGGCCGGGCCGGGCCGGGGGGCGGCGGCGCUGGAUCCGCGGCUGCCAGAUCGUUGGCGGGAGAUGUCGAACCCCGGAACGCGCAGGAACGGCUCCAGCAUCAAGAUCCGUCUGACAGUAUUAUGCGCCAAGAACCUUGCAAAGAAAGACUUCUUCCGACUCCCCGACCCCUUUGCCAAGAUCGUUGUGGACGGAUCUGGGCAGUGCCACUCGACGGACACUGUGAAAAACACGUUGGACCCCAAGUGGAACCAGCACUACGAUCUAUACGUUGGGAAAACGGAUUCGAUAACCAUCAGCGUGUGGAACCACAAGAAGAUUCACAAGAAGCAGGGAGCUGGCUUCCUGGGGUGUGUGCGGCUGCUGUCCAAUGCCGUCAGCAGACUGAAAGACACGGGAUACCAGCGUUUGGAUCUAUGCAAACUAAACCCCUCAGAUACUGAUGCAGUUCGUGGCCAAAUAGUGGUCAGCUUACAGACGCGAGACCGACUGGGCACCGGAGGCCCCGUGGUGGACUGCAGAGGGCUGUUAGACAACGAAGGAACCGUGUAUGAAGACUCGGGCCCCGGGAGGCCGCUCAGCUGCUUCAUGGAGGAACCAGCCCCUUACACGGACGGCCCAGGGGCCGCGGCUGGAGGCGGGAACUGCAGGUUUGUGGAGUCCCCGAGUCAAGAUCAAAGAGUCCAGGCCCAGCGACUUCGAAACCCCGAGGUCCGAGGGCCCCUGCAGACGCCGCAGAACCGACCGCACGGCCACCAGUCCCCGGAGCUGCCUGAAGGCUACGAACAGAGAACCACCGUGCAGGGGCAGGUGUACUUCCUGCACACGCAGACUGGAGUCAGCACCUGGCACGACCCCAGGGUACCCAGAGACCUUAACAGCGUGAACUGUGAUGAACUUGGACCGCUGCCGCCCGGCUGGGAAGUCCGAAGUACCGUUUCCGGGAGAAUAUAUUUUGUAGAUCAUAACAACCGAACGACCCAGUUUACAGACCCGAGGCUGCACCACAUCAUGAGUCACCAGUGCCAACUCAAGGAGCCCAGCCAGUCGCUGCCCCUGCCCAGCGAGGGCUCCGUGGAAGACGAGGAGCUUCCCGCCCAGAGAUACGAGAGGGACUUAGUCCAGAAACUGAAGGUCCUCAGACACGAACUCUCCCUCCAGCAGCCGCAGGCCGGUCACUGCCGCAUCGAAGUCUCCAGAGAGGAGAUAUUCGAGGAGUCUUAUCGCCAGAUAAUGAAGAUGCGACCAAAGGACCUGAAAAAGCGACUCAUGGUGAAGUUCCGUGGAGAAGAAGGUUUGGACUAUGGCGGGGUGGCGAGGGAGUGGCUGUACCUGUUGUGCCAUGAAAUGCUGAAUCCGUACUACGGCCUCUUCCAGUAUUCUACCGACAACAUCUACAUGCUGCAGAUCAACCCAGAUUCUUCCAUCAACCCUGACCAUCUGUCUUACUUCCACUUUGUGGGCCGCAUCAUGGGUCUGGCCGUGUUCCACGGGCACUACAUCAACGGGGGCUUCACGGUUCCCUUCUACAAGCAGCUGCUGGGGAAACCCAUCCAGCUUUCGGAUCUGGAGUCGGUGGACCCAGAACUGCACAAGAGCUUAGUGUGGAUUCUGGAGAACGACAUCACGCCGGUGCUGGACCACACCUUCUGCGUGGAGCACAACGCUUUCGGGAGGAUUCUGCAGCACGAACUGAAACCCAACGGCAGAAAUGUUCCCGUCACGGAGGAGAACAAGAAGGAAUACGUGCGGUUAUACGUAAACUGGAGGUUUAUGAGGGGAAUCGAAGCCCAGUUCUUAGCUCUUCAGAAAGGCUUUAAUGAACUCAUCCCUCAGCACUUACUGAAGCCUUUUGACCAGAAGGAGCUGGAGCUGAUCAUCGGUGGCCUGGACAAGAUCGACCUGGACGACUGGAAGUCCAACACGCGGCUCAAGCACUGCGGGGCUGACAGCAACGUGGUCCGGUGGUUCUGGCAGGCGGUGGAGACCUUCGACGAGGAGCGGAGGGCCCGGCUCCUGCAGUUCGUGACUGGCUCCACGCGGGUCCCCCUCCAGGGCUUCAAGGCCCUGCAAGGUUCUACAGGCGCCGCGGGGCCCCGGCUCUUCACCAUCCACCUGAUUGACGCCAACACGGACAACCUGCCCAAGGCCCACACCUGCUUUAACCGGAUCGACAUUCCACCUUAUGAGUCGUAUGAGAAGCUGUACGAGAAGCUGCUGACGGCGGUGGAGGAGACCUGCGGGUUUGCCGUCGAGUGAGGGGGGAGGCAGCAGAGGCAGCUCCCACCGCGGCACCGUGCGCAGCGGGCCAGGCCCUGCGCUCUGCACAGCCCGGGCGAAGGCUCGCCUCCCUCCUUUCCGCUGGGGGAGCGAGGGGACGGGGGACUUGGGUCGGUGGCUCCCACCCCAGUUUUCCUCCUCCUGCAGAACUCCCACCCUCCAUCGCCCGCCAUCCAAUAAAACGCAGCCAGGUUUAGCACUGCUUCGGUCACACGGGGACAUCCUGCGACGGUUGUGACACUUAGGGGACAGGCUCGUUGCCUUGGGCGCUCUAGCGGAGGCGCGACCCACAGUCACGGAACUGAGCUUGGCUGACGAAGGGGCCGUCCCUGGUGGCUCUUACUGGCUCUUCUGUCUCCAAGCAGACCUGAGGUCCCUUUUCAAGUUCAGCAACUCAAAUUCCAAAUUUCACAUCCUAGCGGCCUGCUCUGGGUGGCAGAUUAAUUUCUAACUGAACAAUAACCAGAUAACAUAUGCUAAUUGGAAUUCCGCCCCAGCAGGAAGCUCGAGUCAAAAGUGUGCUUCCCUUUAGGAAAGGGAAGGAAGCUGGGGCCGCUGGCGCUGGAGGCCCAGGGAUUUUGUUUAAGGGGGUCCUGGCUGACAUGUUUGCUUUGCAUAGAGAAAAAUGAUCUUUCCGUUUAAGAGUCCCUUUAGCCGCGUUAUCGAUCCUGUUGGAGAUACUUUUUCCAGUGACACCACCACAUGACAGCUUAUAAAGGAACAGACCCAAACCACCUCAGACGCACGCGGCAGCGCGCGCCCCUCCUGUACCAGGAAGGGCGUCGACUAGGUCGCUCGAAUACUAACAAACCAUUUUGCAGAAAGUGCUAAGAACUAAACAACAGAAGUCUGUCAUCACGGCUGCUGGCUUGGUGCAAAUUAGCUAAAAGGGGAGACUGGCCACGAAUAACCUCCAUGACCGAAGCCGACCCCAACUCGGGGUGACUGUCUCACAAAGAGAAGGCGGUGGAUGAGAGCCCGAGGGCAGCGGGGCAGGUCCCCUCAACACCUGAGGGGACCCGCACAGCCACUCCUCCCUCCCUCCAGUCACUCGAUUUCACACGCCCUUUCCCAGUCUGCACGAAAGCUGAAACUGGUUUAACAAAGAGGUUUGCUUUCAGAGAGCUGCAUUUCAGUGGAACAAUCGCAGUGGCAGCGGAUUCCCGUGGGGGUUUUUGGUGGUUGUCUUUGUCCUGGGGGCAAGCACAGGGUAAUUCAUUAGCGAGACAUUUCACUGUUGCAAUUUUGUUGACGCUUCCCGGUUCAGUGCUGGGAUCCAUCGGUGGGUCUGAGGUGGGUUUGGAGGGGGCUCUGGGGCCACCUGUAAUGCCUGUUCUUUUUGUUCCUGGUACCUGUAGACAGUGCCGGGUUGGGAGGCGAACUUCCCUCUGCAUCUCGCUGUGGGUCUUUCGCUGGUCCUGGAGGCAGCCUGGGUGCUGCCGGCUGGGGGCUGCGGGGCGCCGGCUGAGGGCUGCAGGGGUGGGAGGAAGCCCCGCACCCGGGCUGCUUGCUGAGGUCCUGGGGCCGGAACGAUGCCGUUGGCUGCACAAGGACAACGUGGUCCAUUCGAUCAUCCAGGCCGGGCUGGGCUGGGCCCUCCCCGGUGCCGCCCGGCCUUGGGCUGCUCCUGUGUCCGGGUCGCGGCGGCACCGUUCUGGCGGAGGGCCUUCUAGAAGGUGGCUCCGCGGAGGCCCGCAGCCGUCCCUCGGGGUGGCCCUCUGGGGGAGUGCGGGAAGGAGCGGAGAGGUACAGACAGGCCCCCAGAUGGGUCUCCUCCCACCGGUGCCCCGGCUUUGCCGCGUGGGUUCGGCAGAAGCUGCGGGAAGAGGAAAGAAAGGAGGGUCUCGUGGUGAAAAGCCCCGGAAGCAGGACCGUGGCCUCUGACUGCUUUAAAACGGCGGCCUUCCUGCGGCUGGGGGUGGCCACGGACCGUCCCCUGUGGCUCUCCCGUCAGCGGCUCCUCCUCUGGCCGCCGGGCUCCGGCCGGGGUCUCUGCCUUCCCGCCCUUGGACUCAGGCCCCUCGCCGCUGAGCGGGGUGUGGCUGUGGCGGAGCCUGACGGCAGAACCUUCCAGAGCCCCAGCGCGCUCUCGGCCCGCACUCCUAGCACCUCGCCGUCCCCCGCGGACUGGGCCUUCCGAGCCCCCAAUGCUCGGGGCCCGACCUGCAGGCUUGGCUCACCAGCGGCCACCAGCCGACCCUCAGGGAUGCAGCGAACCACCGCUCCGCCGGCGCCUCGUCGGAAGAACCGGGGCUGCGGGGCGACUCCUGGCGGCAGAAGCGCCUGGAACCCCGGCCCCGGGCCCCGGCAGUGGCCCGAGCGGAGCUGUCCGAGAAAACGCCCCCGGCCCGUCUGCAGCCCCGGGUGCCGCCCGGCAGCCUUCCCAAAACAUAGUAUGAAUUUUUAAAAUUUGUUUAUUUUUGUUUCUCAACCACUUUAUAAUGUAUUUUUUAAUUUAUUUUGUAAUGUCUUGUUUUUAAGUAUUGCUGCUAUCCUUGUUAUUCCUCCCACUGUUUUUAUUGCUGAUUUAUUUUGUGAAAGUUGUACACUAAUGUUCUGUUUUAUGUCAAAUUCAAAAGUAUUUAAAGAAAUACUAGUUCUAUUUAAUGUGGUUGUGGAACCAGCUGGAAACACAUGAAACACACAGUGAUUGUACAGCAGGCUGGACCCCGGCGGUCAGGUUCAUUUUGUUACAUAUGCAAUAAACUCACGACUUUA